AUGUCUCAAAACCGCAAACAGUUGCUACAUAAUCUAAAUCAGCUGGUGCUGAACCCGCUGCAGUCUUCACCGCAGCUACCAUUACCGCUACAUACACAGCAACAGAAUCAGGCAGAGUCUCAGCAAGAUGGUCGUCAUCCCCCUGAUGAACAAAUUGACUAUUUCCAUCCCGAAGCUGGAGGCGAUAACAUGAUGCCUACAACACCAGCAUAUCAUCAAUCACCAGAACAAGAAUCGCCUCUGAUCAUAUCUACGACUGGCAAACAACGACUACCAAGAAAAUAUUUCUGUAAAACUUGUAAUCAAGGGUUCACCAGAAAACAUAAUAUGGUAAGUCAUGAACUUAUACAUUCGUCGUUAAAACCUCACGUAUGCAACAUUUGUCAUUUAAAAUUUAGGAGGAUACAUGAUUUAAAACGCCACGAGAAACUUCAUACAGGAGAAAAACCGUAUAGUUGUGAAAAGUGUUCGAGGAGGUUUGCACGGCCGGAUGCCUUAACCAGGCAUCAGAACUCAGCCAAUGCAUGUACAGGGAGCUCAAACAGCAAUAGUCGCGUAAAUAGCAACCCCAGUAUGUUUGACGACGGUGAACCACACUCAGCAACCAUGUACAGCCAGGAGGUCAGUCACCACCCUGUACCACUUAAUCAUUUGCAUUCUGGUAAUAGUAUUGAAAGUGGAGAUGACACGCCACAACGCCCGGCCCUUGCCGUCAAUCAGCAUGAUGAAAGGGACUCGUCAGCGACAUCCAACUCGACUGGUGUCUCCUCCAAUUUUAGCUCAAAUAGUAAUGAACCAGCCACUAGCGGUGAUUCAACUACUACGAAUAAUCCAAAUUGCAUACCAACGAUGAAAACAAUUGGACUUUCACAGGAGGACUUAGAAAGAAGGCAAAAUAUUCGAAGCCAUAGUGACCAAGAAUUCGGUUCCAAGCAUCAACUGCUAAUUCAGCAGCAACAACGUAGUCAGAGUUUGGACCACAAAGCAUAUUCCUCAUUCAAUGCGCAUAUACCGACAACUUCGUCGAGAGCUUCAAAUGGCCCAACAUUCACUCCUAAUCCAAUUUAUCCCAUAACAUACUAUCCAUUUCCGCAAUUCAAUUCACACAAUAAUCAAAUAUCGUUGCCACCACUUUCAGUGCCGCACCAACCUCAGCCGCAUAAUUCUUUUGUUCCGCAAAUGACCCCACAUCAUCCACAUUCAAGUACAAAUCAACCAAAAGGGCCACUACCAGGAAUAUCGGGAGGCAUGGGAGCCAUUGGAGAAGACCCACGGCCAAUACAACGCAGUGACCUGACGAGUGUGUCUACGCUUACUCUGUCACAGAGCUCACCCGGUCUACUGGGCCUUAACCCUAUUCAAACACCAAUUAAAUUUCCUCCGAAUCCCUCAUCAAUACUGAGAAGUAAUUCCAUUGCAAACUCAUUUAUGAUUCCUUCACUUGGAAGCCGGCCUCAAUCGCUACCUGCUAAUAUGGGACACCAAACGUAUCCUCAGCCGUACACUGGCCAAAACUUGACGCCAAAUGCGGCAGGAACAAACUCAUCCCAAUCUGUCAACGCAGCAUGGAGUGGUACACAAAAUCGUGGGUCCUUAAUAUCAUCCUUACCUCCGCCUUCUCAAUUGCUCAAAAAUCAUCUGGGGCCGAACAGCAUAACUACACAGACAGUACAGGUUACAAAGAUUCAGGAGUCACCCGAGCUAAAAAAUACAACAUCGUCCACUGCGACUGAAUCAACUUCUGGUGAUUAUUUGAAACCAAACCCCCGUGAACAAUAG